CUGUCUUGAUCUCAUAAUUAAACAUGAUAAUUCCCUCUUGCUUAAAUUCAAUUUUGGAAAAGUUGACUCAGCGGUGGCCAUUGCUGGUGUACGCCACCACCUGGACCACCAUUCUGACCGCCACUGUGGCGGUGACCUCCUUUGCACCAGAGCUUGCAUUUGUAUGGGCCAUAACACCAUCUUCUUCUUUCUCUAAAGUAUGUCAAGAUCAAAAGGAAGGUUUUGUGAGGGUUCCUUUUGAUGUUCCAUCUGAUAUCUUUUGUCUUCCGGCUGAGAUGUUUAAGAAAUCCAAGAUUGACUUGGUGGUGCCGCCCAUCUUUGCAGCGGUGAUUGUGGCGGCUUCCGCAUGCUUGGUUAGAGCUCUUGGUUUGUGGGAGGUGGAUGAAGGUGAUGCUCAAUGAGAGAAUGAGAGAAAACGAGAGAUUGCAUUCAUUAAUAUCAUAAUACAAUUGAUCAUGCAUAUGGUGUCUUUUGUCGAUAUGGUAUAAAGAUUUAAUUAAAUUUGUUGUAAAUUACGUUCGUUUACAAUAAAUUCAUUUGAUUAAACCUUGUUUAUAUGAUGAUCAUUGUAAUUCAAUUGUAUUCUUGAUUCCUAAGAAAGGAAAAUUAAA